ACCAAAGACCACUUGGGGCUAUAUCAUCUGUUUAAAUCUUUGGGUUCAUUCAACUAUUUUUCCAAGUAUACACUUUUUCUGUUUAUUUUCUCUUCUCCUUCUCUAUAAAUUUUCACUUUUUCAAGGGAAAAAAAAAUAUUGACAAAUAAGAAUUAAAACUUCUCUUUACUAUGGGGAAUUGCUCUGGAAAAUCUGCAAAGCUUGCUCAUGCUUCUUCUAGCCAGUUUUUUGAUUCUAAAUCUGGCCCUGGAUAUGAGAAAAAGGAUUCGGUUCAUCCUCGUAAACAGUUGUUUCAUGACAGUUUCCGCAAAAAUGAUUCAUUUGUUCCCAGCAACCUCAAGUCCUUUACCUUCAACGACCUCAAGCAUGCCACUAGGAACUUCCGAGCUGACAGUCUUCUCGGGGAGGGAGGUUUUGGAUACGUCUUCAAAGGAUGGAUAGAUGAAAAUACUUUUGCUCCCUGCAAACCGGGAAGCGGGAUGGUGGUAGCUGUCAAGAAACUUAAGCCAGAAAGCUUCCAAGGGCACAGAGAAUGGCUUAGAGAGGUUAACUACUUAGGGUUGCUACACCAUGAAAAUCUAGUGAGGUUAAUUGGAUAUUGCUCAGAGUUUGAUAACAGGCUUCUUGUGUAUGAGGUCAUGGCAAAAGGAAGUUUGGAAAAUCAUUUAUUUAAAAAUGGAGUUCAGCUUAUACCUUGGGCGACACGAAUGUGUAUUGCAGUAGACGUUGCACGAGGCUUAUCCUUCUUACACGGACUUGAAGCAAAUGUGAUUUACCGCGACCUCAAGGCUUCAAACAUACUACUAGACUCAGAUUUCAAUGCCAAGCUAUCAGAUUUUGGUCUGGCAAGAGAUGGUCCUAGUGGAGACAGAACUCAUGUCUCAACCAGGGUUGUAGGUACUACGGGUUAUGCUGCACCAGAAUAUGUUGCAUCAGGUCACUUGACACCAAAGAAUGAUGUCUACAGCUUUGGAGUUGUUCUCUUGGAGUUGCUAUCCGGAAAACGAGCGAUAGGUGACGAAAACGCAGGAGGUGCUGAUGAAACAUUGGUGGACUGGGCAAAACCAUUCCUAAGUGAUAGCAGGAGAGUACUGAGAAUCAUGGACACAAGGUUGGGAGGACAGUACUAAAAAAAAGGUGUCCAAACUGCAGCUUCCCUUGCCUUGAGGUGCCUCGACGUUGAUCCGAGACUUAGGCCAACCAUGGAUGAGGUUCUAGCUACACUAGAACUUAUACAAGCACCAAAAGAUGUCACUAAGAUUUCACAGAAGAUUAAACAAUGCAGAUGACAAGUCACCCUCAAUGUACUCUCAUCACAGGCGGAUCCAGGAUUUGAAAGUUUUGGGUGCCACACCGCUUGUAUCUUACAGAGAAUUACUAACAAAUUAUGUUUAUCAUCGGUUUUGUAAACAAGGAAGAACCUUAGCUCAGUGGUCAAGUCUUAAGUUAGAAGAGGUCUAUGUUCAAUUCUACUUGACCACAAUUUUAACAAUAAAGGCUUGCUUAAAUAUUUGCUGAAUAGUAUGUUCAAGUUGUGGAGUUGCGGGUGCCACACCGCUUGUGUCAAUAAUUACAGAGGAUAAGCAUCAAAUUACGUUCA